CGCAGAAUGAAGUAGUCGCGGAUGAGAUACGGACUAAACUCGCCUGACUUGUCAGGAUAUUGAAUUUUUGUCCUUUUUUUCUGAGUGUAAGACAACCGUUACAACGAAGCCCACCUCUGUGGCUGCUCAUCUUAUAGUGCCCCCGUAUGGACGAUGAGGAGGAUGAUGUGUUUGAGCCAGACCCCCACUGCUGGCACACCACAUUCCGAGAGAUAAAGUGUGAAGACCGGGGCACACAGACACCUGGCCCUGCCCUGGCACCGUACAACGGCAUGCUGCCCUGUGGAGUCGCAGAGGAGCCCAGACCACUCUUCUACGGCAACGCAGGUUUUCGAUUGCACUUCCCGGCACACUUUGAGCUUGUUGGGGAUCAGGAAGACAGGCGACAAGAAAGCGAAGGGGAACAAAACGAGAUGGAGCAGCUUCCCCGGCAGCAGCCCGUGGCCCGCAGUGUGGAGGCCUGCAUUGGCCAGAAACUCCAGCUGAUAGGAGACCAGUUUCACCGGGAACACCUACAACUGUAUCAUCGAAACCAAAGGAACCAGUGGCCGCUGUGGUGGCGCCUGGGCGCAGCUCUGCUCAGCCUUCUGUUUGACAGGGGGUUCAUUGCUGGAGGAGGUGGAGCGGGACGGAGGUGAGGGGGGGUCUUUCCCCUCACAUCCCUUUUCUUCAUCUCUCUGAGGAACUGGACUCUUAAUGGCACUGUCAAAUCUAACACGGGUCUGUUUUGGGGGGAAAAAAGAAAGGAGACAUAGUGUCACCGCGGGACGGAGACAACCAACUUUUAUACAAGGUCGUGCGUGUUUUUUUCUUUCCAAGAAGAUGCCAUGAUGCUCCGAGAUUCCUCUACAGGACAAUGUUCAUAUUUUGGUAAACGUGUGGUGUAGUAGUUUUGUACAGUACAUUGUUCUUGGUAAAUUUUUUGCACUUCAACAUGUAUCCAUCUUUAAUGACCUCCACAGACCCUGGGCAUGCCUUAUUCAAUGUAUUCUGCCAGAAUGAGUAUUGAGCAACUUUGACAGGCAAGAUGAGAUGGUUAGGAAAUGAAAGGAAAUGUGGCGUGAGUUUCCCAGCUGACCAGACAAGUUGAUUAACUAAUUUCCAAAGAGGCAACUUCUCAGAACAAAGCAUUUUGCACCUCACCUCAAUGGAACAUUUAUGUCGUCUUAUUUUCUUUAUUUUGCUUUCUAUUUUUGUUUUCUUACUGCUCCAUUUUCUUCGGUAUGGUAUUAAGUUUGAACACGUUCCCACAGUAUCAUUCAAAAUAUUGGGAACCAAGUCUCUGCAAUCGAAAGAUCUUUCUUUGAUAUGCACCAAUGUUUUAAGUUUUUCUUCAGUCACAUGCUACAUGUCAAACAAUUAGAACAUUUUGAUGGCUCAGGACCUCGGUGGAGUUUGUACUGAACAUCAGUGACUGGUCAAACAAGCCUGGUGACUGUUAGCAAACCUGUGUACAACAGCAUUCAAUAAAAAUGCAAUGCAACUCAAUCUUACAGCAAUAUGAGGAUAUAUAUACCCUGUGGUGAUUGGACAUCACAGAAUCAUAUAACUGAUUAUGCAACUUCCCUUAUUGGCGUGUAGGAUCUAAGGCCUAUUACUUGCUGAAUGGAUGUUGUCUGAGAUGUAGCACACUAAAGAAGAACUUAAAAAGACAAAUGAAAUCACGAAAUUAUAUUUAGAUUGAAGUUAUGUUGUGCUUACUUUUUGCCUGAGUUUUGGAGGUCUAGCACCUGUGCACUAAAUUCUAGCAUUAGAGUUAAAGCACAUUGUUUGUUAUCCAGAGCAAACCAUCCUUUACCUAACAAAAGUAUUUGGCCAAGUCUACUAUAAUGAUUUAAUUUCAAAUUUAGUGAGAACACCAGAUUCUCUUUAUUAGUUUCAAUGUGUUCCCAAAUUCAUCCUCAAAUUCAAGUUAUUCCUGUAUUUUAGAUGUAUCCUUUUCAUGUGAUUGUUUUCAGACCUCCAUGCCCUUGAAGUGGAACUGUGGAUCCACUGUUUUUGCACUAGACGCACACCCUUCAAGAGUUCAGAUUGUUACCAAGCUAACCUCUGUCUUGAAUGAAGGUUUUCAGUUAUGACUUGUGUUCUUGCCACAACAUUUCACUCUCAUGUCCUAGACAAAUAAUCAAUGUUGAGACCUGACAGAACGCAGUCUGGAGUCUGGAUUGGAUAUGGGUUCUGGAAAUUUCACGUACCAGUGUUUCAGGCUACAGCAGAGUUACAAUAGAGCCACCUCACUCCAUUGAAAGGUUUCUGUUUUUCACAGCCCGUGUGUUCUGAACACCAAACAAUACUGCAUAAUCAAUCUGUGAAACAGAUCUUCUCAGGCUACUUUUAUAGGGUUUUACAUCAUUUUACAUUUUGUUGGGUGGUUUCGUGUUGUCUUUAGUGCUCAGAUCCAGAUUUGGGACAUUUUUAGCACAUACAACCACCACCGACUCAGCAGACAAAUGACAAAAACACAAAAGUGAAAAUGACUGUAAUUAUUGUUGAAAUAUGAAUAUGUUGAAAGACACUGUUGAAGAUGCUGUUUGUUAUAUUCUCCAUUGCUGAACCCAGGCCAACUUUUUGACCCAAGGAGCAGUACAUAUCAGGGGUCUGUAAUUACUUGCUCCUUACAAUGUGUCAAGUUUAUCACUGCAUAAUUAGGGUUUCCUCUCAUUUUCUUAGAGAUGUCUCAGGGACGGACUGUGUGGGCUACUGGUAACCUUGAGAAUCUGUUACAUGGUUAGAAGGAGAGCAGUGUUUUCACCCAUUUAUUUACAAUGAAACCUCCCGGGGGUGUUGUCAAGUCUCUUAUUUUCAUUUCAGUUCAAAAAUUCCUCUUGGCCAAUUUUUCAGCACAGACAUAAAGGUACAGUUUGACUGAGGAGCCGGAGGCUGACUUGCUGACUGUUGUGGUGACGGGGGCCACUGAGCAUGUAGUAGUUGUAGGCGUGAGGUGCACUGAAUGUGGUUGUGGUUAUAGUUUCCUGCGGAUCCUGAACGCUGAGCCAGUUCCCUGUUGCGCCCGUCCCACCAUUGGCUCUUGGCUUCCUCUUUGUGCUGCUCCUUUAUUACAUGGGUAUUGUUCAUCGGUUCAUUUUUCUUUGUAACUUAUUUUUUUACCUUCUUAUUUAUUUUUGUACAUUUGCCCAUUUCUACUGUAUACACUUGUGUGUGCAAUUACUUCUUAUUUCCUUUUUUUUUGUUGGUCUUGGACCUGUAUAUUCUUCUGUUGUUUGACUCUGUGCAGAGCAGGUUGGUUUGCUUCAUGUAAUACUGAGCCCAAAUUCUAAGUUUUGGUAUCACUCAUCUGUUGUAGGCUAUAAGAUGUUUGUAUUUUGGCCCUUCAUGAAGAACACCUAUGAUCUGUCCGAAUUCAUGUUGGUUGCAAUGGAUUUCAAUCAUAUAGUCAAAGUUUCGCCAAAAUUCACUGCUUCUGUCAGAGCUUCACAGCUUUGAGGAGGACAGCAUUGUACAGAAGAGGUGGUGCAAUCAUUCACAUAUCCAAAAUGUAACUGUUUGGAGAAUUUAGGUAGACAGUGGAGAAGUAGGUUACACUGCAGGAGUCGAUUUUCUAUCGUCAUUUUGAAAACCACUAUUGGAAACCAUUAUGCCCAACAUGAAUUCACAAUAACCACAGCUCCUCAUGAAGAAGAAAACGCAUCUUUCAAGCCUGCACUUGUUCGAUACUCAAAAAAUAGAUUUUGGGUGGAGUAUUUCACUUAAAAGGUUGUGAUUUUCCAGGGAUGGGCCCAACCAAUUCAGACCUUUUUCAUUAUCUUUCACCAGUCAUCGUGGGUAGAUUCACAAUAUGUGGUUUAGAAAAGCAGCGGCUUUGAUGCUUUAACCUUUCAACAGGAUAUGACCUUUCCUUUAUAAUUAAUGAGUCAUCACCCAUCCCACCCGUUACUAAAGAUACAUAUGACAUUAGAAAUGCUUCAAAACACACAGAGGAAGGUUGCCUUCAUAUUCUUCUCAAGUCACAGGGCGUUAGUUUAUGUGUUCAAUUCUUUAAUCUUGAUCAUUGUGUUGUAAUCAAUAUGCACUGGAAAGUACUUUGUUUCUGUAGAUCCCAUGGGUCCCUUAUCUGUUGUGUGUUAAUGUAUAGUAUAUACUCUGGAUUGUUCUCUCGGGCUAAUCUUGCCAUGCGUUAGAUGAAUAUCUGUGCAUCGACCAAGUACGCUGGGAUCGAUGGCCUGUUUGAUUUAUUGGAAAGGGAAACAAGCCACCAUGGUGCCCUGUAUAAUUUUGUUAGAAUGAGGUUCCCUAGCUGCGCUCAUCACAUUAUAUGUGAGUGUGGAGAAUCCCUAGAGUGGGACAUGUAUUUUAUGGAAACCGUCAGUGUCUUGAAUUUUGUAGUCCACUUUAUAUAAAUUUGAAGUUUUCGAGGAAGGUUUUGAUUUUGAUUUUUUUUUUAAUGAUAACAUUUCUUCUUCAUGGUCUUUUUAACUUUUUGAAAUGUAUUUUCUUAAGAAAAAGGGUCUGCUUUUAUAAGGACAGUUCAUGCUUGUAAAAUAAUUUUUAGUAGGAUCCUUUUGAAGUCCAUGAGAUCAAGGGCAUUUUUUUUAUACAAAAAUGAACUUGCAACAUUCCUUGCACAUCUCAUUGUAAUAAACAAAACCAAGCGAACCAAAAUAAUUCAUGGUUUUGGUAAAUUUGGCUCAUAGCUAUGAAAUAUUUGCCCUUCUUUACAGAACAGAUAAAGUGUACAUGUAUUUGUAAAACCCUGGAAUAUGCCUUUAACUGCUCAGUUUCAACGAAGUCUUGAUUAUCACACACUCUCUGUUAAACCAAGAAAUGAGACCCAGCGAAAAUGUAGCAUUUUUGUAAACAUUGACUGUGUGUUUUCGAGACUCUACUGUGCACUCAUUUUUGUGUUUAUAUUUUUUUUUUGGUUGUUGAUAUAAUAUGGAAGUAAAGACAAUUUGUUAUGUAGUGCAAUAUGCUGUACAUAUGGAGCUUUGCUCUACAAAUCUUUUUCCUGGAUUUCUUGUUGU